AUGACUGAUCAACAGCACGGCAUCGACGAGUCGAGACACGCGGGCUCCUCGCCCACCGGUGAAAGAACCGGUCAGAAGCGAGGGCGAGAUAACGAGCCUUCUUCUGAAACAUCGAGGAAGCGUUCGAGGGUCGAGGAUGACCGGCUGAUGACGCGGUUCGCCGACAAGGUGCUGCAGACGCCCAAACAAGUCUCCAUGACCAACAUGAGGGAGGUGAGAAAGGUGAGAGGCACCAUGACGCAUCUCUCAAAGGAUCAGCUGGACGUGCAGUUCCACCAGACGCCUUCAGGUGUGAACACGUGGACUGCCAGGCCAAAGGAUAUGCCGACAGGCACAAACUUCGUGGUGCGGGGUCCUGAUGGGCUAGGUAGUGUCAUGAAAAUAGGCACAACCAAGACGGAGGUCGACAACGCAGCAAAGUUUUUGUCCUCUGAGAUCUUGGACAGGGAUGCAGCAGUGUACAUCACCUGGAGAGAAGAGGAUCCUCUCAUGACGGCUAAAGACAUGUUCAACUACAACAAGAACAAGUUGUUGCUUCCAAGGGCGAGGUCCGAGUUUUCUAGACCUAGAGGCAGAUCAACCCGGCCGUCAUCAUACAGCCGGGCUCCCACUAGCGGAUGCGCAAAUUGCGGUCGGCCAGGUCACGAGCUAAGAGACUGUUGGGUCCCUUCUUCAAUUGCGAAGGGAGACAUAUACGGCUGUCCCUUGUGCAAUGAGCAACACCAGUUCGACACCUGCGACAAGAGCAGUUCGCUUUCCGCCGAGCAACUCUUCAAGGUGCUCAUUUUGGACCGAGCGGGCAAAUGCCGGAUUCGAACGAUCAUUCCGUGGAUCCGCGUUCUUGAAGAACAAGAAAAGCUCUGGUCGCAGGUCACAAUGCUUCCCCUCUCCGCGGAGUUUGUGCGGCGCAUGUUCACUUCGUCGAACUUCGACAAGAACAAUGCGACUGAGUCCUGGGAUAGGUUCAAGAACGGUGUCCAGGAUCCUGCAACCAAGGAUCCCGCGACCACCCUUGAGAACUUCAAGAAUGGGAUUUUGGCCCACGAGAUGUUCAUCCCAUCUUCGGUCAUGAAAGCCAAUGGCAAGGAUACCGGCGAUGUAUUAGACAUAGCUGACAUUGAGGAUGAGAUUGUGGACAGCCUAAUGGCGGGUGAUACUUCUAACACUGUCUACCUGUCCGCGAACCUCGGCGCCCACCAGCGAGUCUCCGAGGUACAGAAUGAGAACUUGGUGUCUGAAUCUGAAAACACGGGUCAGAAUACCGGAACAGAUGCAGCUACAAAUGCUGCGCAGGUAUUUACACAAAACGUGGAUCCUACAUCUGUUCCGCUUCCUGCGAGUUCCUUUGCCGAAGACAUGGAUUUGGAGAAGAAUGAAGAGAUUCAAUCCCCCAGGUCAGUCAAGGGCCAAGGCGGUAGGCGCAAGUCCAGAAGAAAUCCCAAGCCUGUCAGCAUCGAAAACGAUGACGCUGACGAAAAAAGCUCUGGGUCUGAGUUGUCAAGCAGCGACGACGAUGUAGAAAAUGAGAAAUAUCUUAAACAGAUAAGAAGGAUCAGGAUAGAAGGACCGACGGGCACAAUUUCCCGCGUCGCAUCGCCUGAUCCAGCUCAGGGUCUAUGA